AUGGCAAUAGAAGAGGAAACUAAUAUUAAGAGAAAAGAAGAAAAUCAAGUUGUAACAUCAUCUGUAUUUAGUAAGGAAUUAAACAAUGUUCUUGAUGGUAUUUCGGAAUAUAUUAAAAAUCCACCAAUUCCAAUUCAGCAUGUUGAUAAUUCAGAUACAAAAGUUAAAUCAAUUUCUCAAUUAUUAGAAGAAUUUAUGAAGAGUAGUGAUGAAUUGUUUUUACGAUGUUUUGUUUCCUGUUUUACCUUGUUCAUUUCACAUGAUGAAUUGAUUGAGGAAAUUUCAACAAAUCUAGACAAGUGUUUUUAUUUGGGUAUGAAAAUAAGUUAUUGGAUUGGAAGUUAUGAAGAUUUGCUGUUCGAUCAUAAUAUUAAGGAUCAAUUUGAAAAAUUGUUAUAUUGUUUGGAGAAGACUGGGAAAUUAGAUCUUGAAUCGUGUGAAACAAUACGAAUGAUGCUUAAUGGUUUGAUAACAGUUGGAGGAACUAGUAAGAUUCUAUUCUAUGCUCCAGACACUUUUGACAUUCUGAGUAAUAAUAUUGAUUUUUAUGAUAUUCCAAAUGUUGAAAUUGCCAGACAAAUUACAUUACAAGAUCAAGCAAUGUUAUUAUCUUUGAAACCCCAUGAACUCUACCUUAUUGAUUCAUGUUGGGAAGCCACAACGGUAAUUAAUCGAUAUUCAAAAUUAUCUCAAUGGAUAUGUGAUAUGGUUGGAGAUGAAACUCAUAUUUAUGCAAAAGAAUUAGAAAAGAUAAUUAGUAUUGCGGAGAAUUUAAAAUUAUUCAAUAAUUAUUGGAGUUUAUACGCAGUUCUUGAAGGAAUUACAAACGCAUUGGAAUCUGUAAAGGAUACUAGAACUGUUCCAGAUUUUCUUUUGAAAAGAUUAAAUACUUUGAAAAAGACAAGAUUUAAAAUGGUAAAGGCAAGAUUUUUAGAUAGUCCAAUAAUUCCAUUCUAG